AUUUGCCUUUCCCAGAUCAUCAAGAGCACGGAUUUUGAACAAUAGCUUGAGUCGUCGCUGCUUGGACACCGAUCAACAUGCCUAGACGGGGUGGUGGACGUUCUGCUCGGCCUGCGCCGAGGCCCAUGUCACCACCACCGCGCCGGCCAGCUAGCACCCAAGCUGCUCCUCCUCCUGCAGCUCGCUCUGCACCUCCCCCACCUGCACCGUCUGGCGGCGGCGGCGGAAUGCUUUCUGGACUCGGCGGGAUGGUGGCACAGGGUAUGGCGUUGGGCACUGGAAGCGCACUGGCUCACCGCGCAGUGGACUCUGUGCUUGGAAGCCGUCACCCCGAGCCAGCACAGGCCCAGGCUGCGGCAGAGCAGAUUGCCCAGGCGCCCAAUGAGCCGUGCUCAAACUUCGCCAAGACGUUCGCUGACUGCAUGUCGGACAACAAUGGAGACCUUGAGGGCUGCCGUUACUACUUCGACAAGCUCCAGGCUUGCCGCAUGCCAGAGGUCCAACAGCAGGGAUUUGCUUUCCAGUGAUAUGGUGCCCAAGAUAAUACGAGAUCCUGGACAGAAGCUUCUGCUUGGAGGACAUUGUGAUUUGCUGUAGGCAGUGAUUAGUUGCAGCUUCAGAACCUACAGGACUUGAUAGCAGGCAAUUUGCUAGUACUAGGCAGGCAGCAGGUAAGCUUGUAGAAGCAAGGCAGUACGUAUGAAGCAGACAUUGACAUUGUAGGUUGCGCAACAUAAUGUGUCACAACUGUGCACAUUGCACAGCGAAUCUCCAUGUAAGGAUGCGCAGGGAC